CGACUAUUCCCAAUCUUUCUCUCAUUUCUCUCUCUGUUUAGUAUUAAAUUGAAACUCACCGAUGACGAAACAAAGGGCGGUUUUCUUUUCAUUCAGACCUUCCUCCAACCGCAAUUCUUAGCCUUCUCUCCGCCGGAAAACUCACAACUGCCGUUCCUCCGCCACUUCCGAGCCAUGUUUUCGGCUCCUUCUCUCACCGUCGCUUUUCUCGUAUCUCUCUGCUUCAUUACCCUCGCGUCCGGCGCUACUCGCCUCCCGGCCGACGAAGUCGAGGCGCUGAGGGAGAUCGGAAAGACGUUGGGGAAGACGGACUGGAAUUUCGACGCCGAUCCAUGCGGCGGCGUUAGCAGCGGUUGGAUAUCGACUUCUGCACAAUUCGACCCUAAUUUUGACAAUAAAGUCAUCUGCGACUGUACGUUCCAGAACAAUACCGUCUGUCACGUCACUAACAUUCUGCUAAAGGCGCAGAACCUUCCAGGUACUCUGCCACCGCAAAUAGUGAGGCUGCCAUUCCUGCGGCAACUUGAUCUCACCCGCAACUUCCUCAGCGGCCCAAUCCCUCCAGAAUGGGGUUCCACCAAGCUCCUCAACAUUUCCCUUCUUGGAAAUCGAUUGACGGGUUCAAUACCAAAAACGAUUGGAAACAUCAGCACUCUUGUAGAGUUGGUCUUGGAAAUGAAUCAUUUAUCUGGAAGUCUACCUCCAGAACUUGGAAAUUUGCCCAGCUUAUCAAGAUUACUUCUUACCUCAAACAACUUUUCUGGGGAGCUCCCAUCUUCACUGGCAAGGAUAGCCUCAUUGACGGACUUUCGAAUUAGCGAUAAUAACUUCACAGGGCCAAUACCAAAGUUUGUACAGAAUUGGACGGCUCUUGGGAAACUAGCAAUUCAGGCGAGCGGAUUGAGUGGGCCAAUUCCUUCUGAAAUUGGACUUUUGACAAACUUAACUGAUGUGAGAAUCAGUGAUUUGAAUGGAGGUUCAUCACCCUUUCCGCCCCUUAAUACUUUGACAAAAUUGAAAACCUUGAUAUUGAGGAGUUGCAAUAUAGCUGGAGGGCUACCGGACAAUCUUGCUGGGUUGACAGCGUUGAAAACCUUAGACUUCAGCUUCAACAAAAUUACAGGAGCAAUACCUGUCAGCUUUGAAGCUUUGAAAAAAGUGGAUAGCAUAUAUUUAACUGGAAACUUGCUAAAUGGAUCGGUGCCCACUUGGAUGCUACAGCAAGGAGAAAGCAUUGAUCUCUCUUAUAACAAAUUUACUACUCAGAGAAAUGGCCAGAACACUGGUUGUCAAUCUCGAAAUUUAAACCUGUUUGCGAGCUCUUCCCAGGACAAUAAUUCCAGCGGAACAGUUUCAUGUUUACCAAGCACUUGUGGAAGAACUUCGUACUCUCUCCAUAUCAACUGUGGUGGGAAGGAAGAAUUAAUUAACGGAACAACCACAUAUGUUGCAGACAUAAACACUGGCAAAUCAUCAUUGUUUUUCCAAGGUGGAGAAAAUUGGGGAUUUAGUAGCACUGGUAAUUUUAUGGAUGACGAUCGCUCAACAGACGACUUUAUUGCAUUAAAUAUAUCUGCUCUCUCAAUGCCAAAUCCUGAAUUGUACGUGAGGGCACGUAUUUCACCAAUUUCUCUUACUUACUAUGCAUAUUGCAUGGGUAGUGGAAACUACACAGUAAGCCUCCAUUUCGCUGAGAUAGCGUUUACCAAUGACAAAUCUUAUAGAAGCCUCGGCAGACGCUUAUUUGAUGUCUAUGUUCAGGGAAAGCUGGAGUUGAAGGAUUUUAAUAUUGCAGAUGCUGCAGGUGGUAUUGGCAAACCUAUUGUAAAGAAAUUCACCGUUCCUGUGACUAAUGGUACUAUAGAGAUUCGCCUAUUUUGGACCGGGAAGGGGACAACUGCAAUCCCUGUGAGAGGGGUAUAUGGUCCUUUGAUUUCUGCCAUUUCGGUUGAUCCUGACUUUGUGCCACCAUCAGAAGGUGGAAAGGGCAUAUCUGCUGGUGCAGUGGCUGGAAUUGUGGCUGCUGCUGUUAUCUUUGUUAUCAUCUUUGUUCUUGGAGUCUUGUGGUGGUUAGGCUGCCUACGAAAGAAAAGCACACUUGAACAAGAGUUGAAGGGUCUAGAUCUAGGAACAGGUUCAUUUCCAUUAAGACAAAUUCGAGCUGCCACGAACAAUUUUGACGCUGCCAAUAAGAUUGGAGAAGGUGGUUUUGGUCCUGUCUACAAGGGUGUUCUUCAAGAUGGCACUGUAAUUGCAGUGAAGCAACUUUCUUCCAAGUCGAAGCAAGGAAAUCGCGAAUUUGUGAAUGAAAUAGGCAUGAUAUCUGCAUUGCAACACCCUCAUCUAGUCAAGCUUCAUGGAUGCUGUAUUGAAGCAAAUCAACUUUUGCUAGUAUACGAGUAUCUGGAAAAUAAUAGCCUUGCUCGUGCCUUGUUCGGACCUGAAGAAUUCCAACUGAAACUGGAUUGGGCAACUAGGCAGAAGAUUUGUGUUGGUAUAGCUAGAGGUUUAGCAUAUCUUCAUGAGGAGUCGAGACUAAAGAUUGUUCAUCGAGACAUCAAAGCUACCAACGUUUUGCUCGAUAAAAAUCUCAACCCCAAGAUUUCUGACUUUGGUUUGGCGAAGCUGGACGAAGAAGAAAAUACACACAUCAGCACGCGGGUUGCUGGAACCUUUGGGUAUAUGGCACCAGAAUAUGCCAUGCGGGGCUACUUAACCGACAAAGCAGAUGUUUACAGCUUUGGCAUUGUGGCUUUGGAAAUAGUCAGUGGUCGAAGCAACACAAGUUACCGAACCAAGGAUGAUUGCUUUUACCUUCUAGACCAUGCUAAUACUCUAAAGGAGAAGGACAGUUUACUAGAGCUUGUGGAUAUGCGGUUAGGCUCCGAAUUCAACAAGCGAGAGGCGAUGACGAUGAUCACUGUUGCUCUACAAUGCACGAACGUCAUUGCUGCAGACCGACCUACGAUGUCAUCCGUGGUGAGCAUGCUGGAAGGGAAGAUUGCCGUAAAGGAGGUGGUUUCAGAUCCUAGUGUCUCAAAACAAGAUAUGAACGCAAUGUGGAGCCAAAUCUAUCGGCAGAAAGGGGAGGGCCAGACGCAAAGUAUGUCGAUGGACGGUCCGUGGACUGGUUCUUCAACUACUGCCAGUGAUCUCUACCCCAUCAACAUGGAUUCUAAAUACUUGGAGAAUAGGAACUAAGGUUGAGAUGAUUUUUGGUUGCAGAUAUGUAACUACGUUGUUAGCCUUCAAAUGCCUUUGCUUACUUUUUGCUUGUUCUACAAAUUCUUUUUCACCUGUUUAUGUGGCUGUACUGAGAGCCAAAAUGGCCAAUCCUUGUAUAUUUCAAAUUCUUCCCACUUUGUUGUUUUAAAACAAUGUUUAAAUGAAUGUUAAAUUGAUGUUUAAUUCUU